CUUUUAUGAUAGCUCUAUGAGGUCACUUCGGAAACAUUAUCAUGUGUGACAAAGACAUUGUGUUACCCCUUCGUAGUACUUAAGUCAUACGUCGGAAGGAAAAUUAAAAACAGCUGAUUAAUCCCUCUGUUUUCAUUCUUCUGCUUGCUAGGCUUAUGCUCUUCGGACGGACGUGAUGUUAGAUUCAACUUCCGCCAUGGAGAGCAUGACCAUCAGCGGACCGAGCACCAGCACUGACGCUGUUCAGGUAUUCGUGUUUGGAGAUCAGAGUAGCUGCAGCUUGUCGAACUUACAGCUGCUUCUUCUGAAGAAGAACAACCCUUAUUUGACGUCUUUCAUUGAGCAAGCCAACUACGUCCUCAGACAUGAAAUAGCUCAGCUUACCGCUGCGGAGCGUCAAUCGUUUCCUGCCUUUUCCAGCAUACAAAAUCUUGUAGCUCGAGGAAUAAAGAAGGAGAAGAAUGCAGCAUUUGAAAGCACGUUGACAACUAUUUACCAGCUCUGUUGCUUUAUCAACUACUUUGGAGAUGGCCAACACGCGUAUCCAACCAGUUCGAACAGCUACGUGUCUGGAUUAUGCAUCGGAGCAUUAACGGCAGCCGCAAUUUCUUCGUCAAAGUCUCUCAGCGAGCUAGUGCAGACAGGUGUCGACGCUGUUCGGGUGUCGCUUAGAGUUGGCCUCUUGGUUGCUCGAACAGCAGCCUUGUUCGGACGUCCGGAGUCUGGUAGUACCUCGUCUUGGUCAUACGUCGUUUCGGAGUCACAGUUUCCGCUGGAACUAGCUGAAAAGGCUAUUGCGUCCUACAGAGAGAAGGCCAACAUUCCACCACUCUCCUCGCCCUAUGUCAGCGCCAAGGGCCAAAACUCUUGGACUAUCAGUGGUCCACCGGCAAUUGUGCAGCACUUCCUGAAGUCUUCGCAAUUGGGAGAGACGUUGAAGUUUUCCCCUAUCGCUGUGCACGCACCGUUUCACGCGCCGCACAUUUUCACUGUCGAGGAUGUUGAACACAUUCUUCAAGGUGUUGGAUCGGUCAGCGACCUAUCUGGCAAAAUAUCCUUCAUUUCCAGCUCUUUCAGCCGCAAGUCUCUCAGUGAGAAGAAAUUCAAGGACUUGCUUUACCAUGCUGUUGAGGGUAUUCUUAUCCUCCCGCUGGAUCUGGGAGAGGCAGCUGGAAACAUACAACAAGUGCUUGAGACAACAGGCUCAAUGAGCCAAUGCGCCUUGUUUCAAAUCUCAACCAACUUUUGCCAGAGUCUCAAGACGUCAUUUGAACCUGCGGUGUCGAAAAGAGUCGUGGUAGUUGACAGUAUCAUGGAAGCCAUCGCGGCAGGCCCUGAGCCAACUGCCCGAAACUCUGCUAAACACAGCGAGUCUAAGAUUGCCAUCAUCGGCAUGUCUGGAAGAUUCCCAGAAUCUGCAGAUAUUGAAUCGUUCUGGGACCUUCUCUACCAAGGGCUUGACGUUCAUCGGCCUGUACCACCAGACAGAUACAACGGAGAGCUAUACUAUGAUCCCACUGGGAAAAAGAAGAACACAAGCAAGAUCAAUCAUGGAUGCUGGAUCAACGAGCCGGGCUUGUUUGAUGCAAAAUUCUUCAACAUCUCUCCCAAAGAAGCAGAACAAUCCGACCCUGGACAACGUUUAGCCUUAGCAACCGCGUACGAGGCUCUGGAGAUGGCAGGUGUUGUUGCUGAUAGAACACCAUCGACUCAACGAGACCGUGUUGGGGUUUUCUACGGCAUGACCAGUGACGACUACAGAGAAGUUAGCUGUGGCCAGAAUGUCGAUACUUACUUUAUCCCUGGUGGAAAUCGAGCCUUUACACCAGGAAAGAUCAAUUAUUUCUUCAAGUAUUGCGGCCCAUCAGUCAGUGUCGACACUGCAUGCUCAUCUAGUCUUGCAGCUAUUCACUUAGCUUGCAAUUCUAUCUGGCGCAAUGAAUGCGAUAUGGCCAUUGCGGGUGGCACAAACGUCAUGUCAAACCCCGACAGCUUUGCAGGGCUGGAUCGCGGGCAUUUCCUCUCAACAACAGGCAACUGCAACACUUUUGACGAUGCAGCCGACGGUUAUUGUCGAGCAGAUGCCGUCGGUACUGUUGUCCUGAAGAGGUUGGAUGAUGCAAUUGCAGACCAUGAUCCUAUCCUCGGAGUCAUUCUCGGCGCUCUUACCAAUCACUCUGCCGAAUCCGUGUCUAUUACCAGACCACACUGCGGCGCUCAAGAGGAGAUUUUCUCCAAGCUAUUGAGUGAGACUGGUGUCCAUCCUCAUGAAGUCAGCUACAUCGAAAUGCAUGGCACCGGAACCCAAGCCGGUGAUGCAACUGAGAUGUCCUCUGUUCUUAGCUGCUUUGCUCCAUCGACAAAGCGACUGCCGCAUGAGAGCCUUCAUUUGGGCUCAACAAAGGCAAACGUCGGUCACUCUGAAUCUGCAUCUGGUGUGACAGCACUGAUAAAGGUUCUGAUGAUGAUGGAGAAGAACAUGAUUCCACCCCACUGUGGCAUUAAGGGCAAGAUCAAUCACAAGUUUCCGACUGAUUUGAAGGAACGCAACGUCCAUAUUGCUUUCAAGCCCACGGAGUGGAAGAGACGAGCGGAAUUCAACAAUAUCCGCCGCACCUUUGUCAACAACUUUUCUGCAGCUGGCGGCAACACUGCACUGAUUCUGGAAGACUAUCCAGAACUCACUAGGAGCUCACUGCAAGAUCCUCGAACUGCCCAUGUUGUGACGAUAUCUGCCAAAUCCAUUCCAUCUCUCAAAGGAAAUAUCCAGAAGAUGAGAGCCUACGUGCAGCAGAAUAUGUCCACAGAAGGCUUCCUGAGCAAGCUUGCUUAUACAACCACAGCUCGGCGUAUGCAUCAUCCUUUCCGUGUUGCAAUCACGGCUGCAAGCAGUGAGCAGCUCCUAGACGCCUUGAAUGAUGAGGUGAAAAAGGAGAAUUACAAACGCUCCCCGGAAGCACCCGUCGCCUUUGUCUUCAGCGGUCAAGGAUCGCAGUAUAGCGCCAUGGGCAAGCAUUUGCUACAAUUUGCGACUUUCCGUGAUGAGAUCAACUCCUACGACAUGUUGGCACAGCGACAUGGGUUCCCAUCAAUCAUGCCACUGAUCGAUGGCUCUGCCGAUAUUGAUGACCUUGAGCCGCUGGUUGUCCAGCUCGGUACUACCUGUGUUCAGAUGGCACUUGCAAGCCUCUGGGAAUCAUUGGGUAUGAAGCCAACCUACGUGCUCGGCCAUAGUCUAGGCCACUACGCCGCAUUGAAAGCAGCUGGUGUUCUCACGGCAAGUGAUACAAUCUACCUGGUCGGUAUGAGAGCUCGCCUUCUUCAAGACAAAUGCACCAAAGGAAGCCACGCAAUGCUGGCAAUUAGAAGCAGUGUCGAUCAAGUUCAGGCAUACCUAGACACAAGCAUCUUUGACAUCGCCUGCGUUAACGGCCCCCAAGAUACUGUUGUCAGUGGCCGAAUCGAUGACAUCGAAAGCCUCUCUCAGAAGCUUGCGGCUGAUGGCGUCAAAGCGACAAAAGUCAACGUUCCGUUCGCGUUCCAUUCAGCUCAGGUUGACCCUGUACUGGAGGAGCUUGAAAAAAUUGCCUCUCACGUUACAUUCCAUCCUGCAAGAGUACCAAUCGGCUGCCCUCUCUUAGCCAAGACCUCCCUUGUUGGUGAGACACCUUUCUUUGAUGCCAAGCACAUCAGCCGCCACUGUAGGGAGGCUGUGAACUUCCGCGAUGUUCUGCAGUCGGCCAGAGAUGAUUGCUUGGUCUCCGACAAGACAGUUUGGAUCGAGCUCGGCCCGCACACAGUGUGUGCAGCUAUGAUGAAAGCCAAUUUGGGGCAAGAAAUCAUUGCUGUCCCAUCUUUGAUGCGUAACAAAGAUGGAUGGCAGACUCUCUCUUCAACUCUCUCAAUUUUGUAUGGUCAAGGGUUGUCCAUCGCAUGGGAUGAAUUUCACCAUGACUUUGAAGCCUGCAAAGAAGUCUUACGACUGCCCGCUUACAGCUGGGAUAACAAGAGAUACUGGAUUGAGUAUGUGUAUGAUUGGUUACUCACAAGAGGCGAUCCUCCUCUUCAAAUUGAGGCUGCUCCAUUGCCAGCACCCACAUCCACUUUCUCAACUGCUUCAGUGCAUCGAAUUGUUAGUGAAGGUGUUGACAAUGGAAAGCUUACCAUUACUGCGGAGUGCGAAUUCACGAGCGAGCAGCUACACGAAGUGGUAUAUGGUCACGUUGUUAAUGGCAAUCGCGUUUGUUCAUCGUCAUUGUACACAGAUUUCGGUGUUACUUUGGGCAUGUAUGUUCUCGAGAAAUAUCGCAUGGAUCUCAAGGAUUACGCGGUAGAUGUCCAGAACAUGGUUAUCAAUAAGCCUCUGGUUCACAAAGAGGGCCCUCAAAUGCUCCUCAGGAUUGAUAUUAAGCACGACAUGAGGGGUAGCGAUACCGCAAUCAUGUCCAUCUAUAGUGCCAAUGCUAAGGGAACCAAGACUGUCGACCAUGCUAAAAGCACACUCUACUUUGGUCAACCCAAGGUCUGGCUCAAGAAUUGGGAGAGCCCUCAAUACUAUGUGGAGAGAAGCAUUGAUUGGCUCAAAGAGAAGGCGGAUGCAGGUCUCAACAGCCGCCUCUCUUCUGGUGUCAUUUACAAGCUCUUUUCCAGCUUGGUCGAUUACAGCAAUGCUUAUAAGGGAAUGCAGGAAGCCAUUAUCAAUGCCGACGACUUUGAAGCGACCGCUCUGGUUCGGUUCCAAGUUGAUGAGGGCAACUUCCGUUGCAACCCCAUGUGGGUAGACUGCUGUGGUCACCUUGCCGGGUUCUUGAUGAACGGACACUCAAAGACUCCCAAGGACCAAGUGUAUAUCAACCAUGGCUGGGAUACUUUCAGAACCGUGAGAAAGUUCCACAAGGACAAGACGUAUCGUACAUAUGUCAGGAUGCGGCCUUAUGAAGGCACCAUCUAUGCAGGAGAUGUUUACAUUUUCGACGACGAAGGCAUCGUUGGCGUCUGCGGUAAUAUUAAGUUCCAAGGUAUUUCUCGAAAGGUGCUCGACAGCGCGAUGCCGCCGCCAAAGUCAGCAAAUGAGCCUCAAGCCACUACGCGUCUCACCACUGCUGCUGUUAAGGAGGUGCCUAAGACAGCGGCAAUUGCGGAACCUCUGAGCCAUGCUGUUGGUAAGGGCCAGAUUGAGCCUAUGAAGCUCGAUGCGGCUUUGAAGUCAGCCUCUGCUGCAAGGGACCCUAUGCAGGCUGUUCGCAAGAUCGUGGCCGAGGAGAUUGGUAUUCCUCUGGCCAGUGUUCAAGAUGAUCUUGACUUUACAGACUAUGGAGUUGACUCGCUUCUUUCUCUCAACAUUUCUGGACGACUCCGCGAGGAACUUGAUAUAGAUGUUCCUUCGUCUGUCUUUGAAACCUGCCCAACACUCGCAGAUUUUGCUGCUCAUCUUGGCUUCAACACGUCCUCAUCGGAUGAGUCUUCUGAACAGUCAAGUGUAUUUGACACCAUGUCCCCCACCAGUGAGCCUUUUGGAUCCAUUAGCAAUGCGACUACCCCUCCAGCUCGAAGUCAGCGAGAGUUUUUGUCUACCAGCAUGGGCAAAGAUAUGGCGGCUAUCUUAGCUGAAGAGAUUGGAGUGUCUGCGAGCGAGAUCAUGAAUGGCGCUGAUCUGGGUGAAUUGGGCAUGGAUUCACUCAUGUCACUGACUGUGCUCGGCCGUCUCCGUGAAGAGCUGGAACUCGAGUUGGAGGAUGACUUUUUCAUCUCUCAUCCCACUUUUGAAUCCUUCCAGUACCUCUUCCAACAAGAGCUUGAACAAGGAAUUGUACAAGAAGUCGCGCAAGUCGUGGAAGAAGUCAUGCCAAAGAUGUCUGCAGAGUUGCAGAAGUAUCGCGCAACUUCAACCCUCCUACAAGGCAGCCCCAAGACUGCUACCUAUACGCUGUUCCUCUUCCCAGACGGCUCUGGUUCCGCAACUUCAUACGGACCCAUUGACGCAAUCGGCAAGGACGUCUGUGUGUAUGGCCUCAACUGCCCAUGGCUCAAAGAUGCCGAGAAAUUGGUUCAGUUUGGUCUCAAGGGUCUUGCAUCGCUGUACGUCCAAGAGGUUAGACGCAGAGUACCUCAUGGGCCAUACAACGUAGGUGGAUGGUCUGCAGGAGGCAUUUGCGCCUAUGAAGCGGCAAUUCAAUUCACUCGCGAAGGUGAAACCGUCCAGCGUCUUAUCCUCCUCGACUCUCCCAACCCAAUCGGUUUAGAGAAGCUACCCGCACGGCUGUUUGAUUUCAUCAACGGUUUGGGGCUUUUUGGUUCCGGCAAAGCACCGGAUUGGCUUCUUGCGCAUUUCCUCGCGUUUAUCGAUGCUCUUGAUGAGUGGAAGCCAGUCCCCUGGGAGAAAGCAGUCGAUGGUAAAGCGCCGGCGCCGAAGACCUUUAUUCUCUGGGCUGAAGAUGGUGUGUGCAAAAACACUACUGAACGCCCAGAGUAUAGAGAUGAUGAUCCCCGAGAAAUGCGGUGGUUGCUUGAGCAGCGAACUAACUUUGGAGGUAACAAUUGGGAUGUAUUGCUGGGAGAGAGGAACCUCAACAUUAAACGUAUACAGGAUGCAAACCACUUUACCAUGUUACACAAGGGUAAGAACACCGAACGUGUCGCGGCGUUCAUCAAGAGCUCCUUUGUUUAAUUACGAAGGGACUUAUAGUUGGUGCAUCGGAAUAUACGGAUGAUGGAGACUAAAGGUAUAGGUAGUUUGUAUUUCAAUUUACUUUAGUCGAGAUAUUAGAAAUAUAUUUUCUCCCUCUAUCUUUUAGGUAAAUAUGCCGGGUAGGAUUAAUAUACGCAAUCUCUGGGCGUUCAGAGGAUUAUCCCACAGUGACUUGAUAAAUCAACAAUUG